UCAAUACUAAUCUGGCAACACAUUUUUUUUCUUCAGUUGGCUGCCAUGUGCCAUAGAUCCUUAUGGUUGGCAAUUUUUAUUUCUUUUCCUAUCCGUAGCCGAUUGGUAUCACGCUAUCCAAAUGGGUAAACCCCGCGGUAUACGUACGGCUCGUAAGCACGUGAACCACCGUCGUGAGCAGCGAUGGGCGGACAAGGAGUUCAAAAAAGCCCACAUGGGUACAAGAUGGAAGGCCAAUCCAUUUGGUGGAGCCUCACACGCUAAGGGCAUCGUUUUGGAGAAGGUAGGUGUUGAAGCCAAACAGCCUAACUCUGCUAUUCGCAAGUGUGUCAGAGUACAACUGAUCAAAAACGGCAAGAAAGUAACAGCCUUCGUACCUCGUGAUGGUUGCCUUAACCACAUUGAAGAGAACGACGAAGUAUUAGUAGCAGGAUUCGGUCGUAAGGGUCAUGCUGUUGGUGACAUUCCCGGAGUUCGGUUUAAGGUGGUCAAAGUUGCAAAUGUGUCGUUGCUAGCUCUGUACAAGGAGAAAAAGGAGAGGCCCAGGUCAUAGGUCAUACAUUGUGAUAAGUGCAGCGUCGCUCUUAAGUGUAAAUUUUUUAAAUUGUUAAAAUCAAGUAUGCAAUAAAACUGUGUACGACCA